CCCAAAUUCUCACCUCAGGUUUUUCCAGGGUGGGAUUCAGGGUAGCUCCCCAAAUUGGAGAACUCCCUGGAGUCUGCCUAGGGAGCCUGUCGAUGACAAUGGGCAGUGACGCAUCAGAAGGAUUAACCCAGGGCAGGUUAGACCUUUGGCCUCAGAGCUGCUCCUUCAUCUCUCCCUCCUCGGAGCUGAUAUUUCCCACCCCUCUCCCUAGGCGACAGUGGCCCCUAACGGAUGCCCAGUUGUGUCUAGCUCUGUCCAGAUGGUUGGGAUCAGGCCUGGUAUAAAGAUGGAAUUAGGGCCAGGCUCAGUGGCACACACCUGUGAUACCAGCUACUCAAGGCCCUGAGACAGGAGACAGGAAGAUCACAAGUUCAGGGCCAGCCUGGGCAACUUAGCAAGACCCUGCCUCAAAACAAAAUUAAGGCACAGCAGGCUGAGGGUCCAGCUCAGAGGUAAACCACUUCUGGGUUCAAUUCUCAGUAUCAAAAAAAAAAAGGAGGAAAUUAGGAAUUCUGGGCAGGGCAAGGCUGUCCCCCAAAUGGCCAAUAGUAUCCAGAUAGAGAAACAAGUGAGGUGCAUCUUCAUGCUAGAGCUAAGGCGAUCUCCAAUGGAUAGGAACUGUCCUCCUGACGGGCACCUAAUAGGAUGGCAGGAAGUGAUCUGUUUCUCCCCGGCUCAAUGUUACAGAGCGGUAAGGGCAGCUCCAGCGUGGAGAUGAUGGUGGUAGUGUGCUUGGGUGGAAAUAGCUCCUCUCCUGGCCCUGGGAAGGAGAGCAGGCUGAUGGUGGCAAUACCUUCUACCUGCCUGGGGAGCCUCAAGUACACUAUGGCACCAGAGGUCACAUUGUGGCACCAGCAGGCAGGCAGCCUGUGAAAGCAGCCAUUGAAUCCCACUGAUAGCACUUCCCGUGAGGGAGGUAUUAGACCCACAGAGCCCACAGUGAAGUGAGCACCGCAGGAAGGGGAACCAACUGCCCAGAGGGCCCCAUGUACUUGGGGAAGACACAGGGGGGCAGGAUCUGGAAAGGCAGCUUACAGGGCUGACGGGGCCCUAGAUAAAGAUAAGGGCAUAAGAGAUCCCAAAAUAUUCUCCAGUGACCCUAACUCAAAGCACCUAAUAAACCAUCUGCUCUGUGCACAGGCACUAGGGCAGGGAUCUUUCAAAGUGUGUGGGGAGGAUAAAGGAGAAAUCAGGUAGCUCUGGCUAAUGGAUCCAAGACCCCAGAGGUAGGAAAACAGGGUCUGUCUCAGGUGAGCUGUGUGUCUCUGUGCACGUCCUCCACACAACAUGGGAAGGGACACCAUAGCCUUGAAGGUCCUUUCCAGCUUCCCAAGUUAUGCUGUAUCACUGUGUCCCCCAAGCCUGGGCAGACACAAGGCUCCUGCCUUAAGGUGGAUGCAACCAAGAGGCCAUGACUGUCUCACCCAGCAGCCUGGGUAGGUCAUGGCCCCAUGCCAACUUCACCUUGCACCUUCUACUCUGCAGGACACAGGGCCUGCCCCCACUGCACUCACCUAAACACCCCUCUCCCCGAUGGACCAGUGGUGGUGUCAUCCAAAGCAAAUUGACACUAUUUUUCCCUUGGUAACCGCAAAGGGGGAGAAUCACCCGUCUCCUAAUUUUAACCAGUACGUGAGGGACCAGGGUGCCAUGACCGACCAGCUGAGCAGGCGGCAGAUCCGUGAGUACCAGCUCUACAGCCGGACCAGUGGCAAGCACGUGCAAGUCACCGGACGUCGCAUCUCCGCCACCGCUGAGGACGGCAACAAGUUUGCCAAGCUCAUAGUGGAGACAGACACAUUCGGCAGCCGGGUGCGCAUCAAGGGGGCGGAGAGUGAGAAGUACAUCUGUAUGAACAAGAGGGGCAAGCUCAUCGGGAAGCCCAGCGGGAAGAGCAAAGACUGCGUGUUCACUGAGAUCGUCCUGGAGAACAACUACACAGCCUUCCAGAAUGCCCGGCAUGAGGGCUGGUUCAUGGCCUUCACCAGGCAGGGCCGGCCCCGCCAGGCCUCCCGCAGCCGCCAGAACCAGCGAGAGGCCCACUUCAUCAAGCGCCUCUACCAGGGCCAGCUGCCCUUCCCCAACCAUGCUGAGAGGCAGAAGCAGUUCGAGUUUGUGGGCUCAGCCCCCACCCGCAGGACCAAGCGCACUAGGAGGCCCCAGCCCCUCACGUAGGGAGGGAGGCGGGAACAGCUGCCCCUCAGCAGCCUUCCCACCCCCUUCCCUUCCUAAUCCAAAGACUGGGCUGGGAUGGAGGGAGGGGAACCAGAGCCCCAAGGAGGACCCUGA